GCCUCGCCUUCGCUUGACGUUGAGAAGGAAACCCUUCCACAACAACAACAACAACAACAACAGCAGCAUAAGCAUACCAACUGCCAACCUCGUGAGCAGGUCUUCGCUCACUUUCAGCAUUUCGAGAUGCAAACCCUCAACAUUCUUAGGCACGUCACGACGGUGCUGCUGCUGCUUCUUCUGGCGCCUCUCGUCCCUGCCACUCACCCUCGCCUUCUCCUCCCAUCUGCUCAACUCCCCUCCUCUUCCUCCACUAUCAGUCGUACCAAGGAUCACCAUGACACCGCAGAUAGCCUCUCCACCGUCUACUCAACCCGCAUGAUCAAUUCCAUCAUCACCCGCCAGCAGGGUCUCGUCUCCAGCGGCCAGUCCACUUCCACCCUCGAGUCGGGCAUGAUCUCCCUGGCCAUCCAGGCCUGGCUGGACCUUUAUGCCCCGUCGUCCUCUUCCUGGCCGUCGCCCCUUACCACCAACAGCAACAGAACCAAAACCCUGCGAGACGCCACCGCCUCCACCGCCGAGAAAGCUAUUGCUUUUCGCGACUACGUCGGUGCUAUUCUGGAUGGCAUCACUGCCACGGACGGGUUUACCAACGUCACGGACUCGGAAAGUCUGCCACUGGACAGGUUGACUGUCGCUCAGGCAAUCCAGAGCCUGAAGGAUACAGACAGCGCCUCUUCAACCUCAGGACAUGUAGUUCCCUCACAGAGUCACCAGAAAGGGCCGGAGAACAGUGACAAUAGUGGCAGCAAUAAUAAUCGGACUGAUCCAGCACCAACGUACCAGGUGACGUUGCAAGAGUCGUUGGCUUUGGAUGUGUUGAACUUGAGUCUGGCUAUCCAAGAGAGGAAUCAGUAUGGUGGAUUCUGGUAUUACGUCUACCCCUCCUGGUCCUACCUAGACGGCACCGUCUCCUUCCUCCCCUUCAUGUCCGCCACCCCAACACACUGGUCCCCCACCGACGCCCUCCUCCAGAUCCAGCUCCUCUACGCCCACUGCCAGGACCUGACCAACCCCACAACCCCUCGCUCCGGCCUCCUCGUCCACGGCUACGACGCCUCCCGCACCGCCGUUUGGGCAAACAAUUCCACGGGCGGCUCUCCUUAUGUUUGGGGUCGAAGUCUGGGUUGGUAUCUGACAGGCCUCGUCAACGCAUGGGAGGUCUUGACAACCACUGUGGAUGAGCACGGGCAAGUCCCACCGAGCAGCAACGACGGGAAAGGCAGGGGAGGAACAAGGCGUGUGGUUGCAGAUCACUGCCGCGGCCAACCUGACUGUGCCGACUUGGUAGCCACCAUACAAACUCAAUUCACCACCCUCGUCGUCAACCUCGCACGCUACGCCGACCGCGACACGGGGGCCUUUUGGCAGCUGCCUACCUUGCCUGGCCGGCCGGGGAACCACCUCGAGUCCAGCUCGACGGCGCUCUUCUCGUUUGCUAUCCUCAAGGGGAUUCGGCUGGGGCUUGUGGGGGAUGAAGAGGUGCCAACGACUGCUUCUUCUUCUUCUUCAUCUGCUGGGUGGAAAGAUGGUAGCAAUAAAACUACCACCAAGCCCUCCUCUUCUUCCCCCUUCAUAUUCUCUUCUCCAAAGCGUAUGAACGACAGCAACGGCACCACCUCCCCACCUCCACCACCUUCUCCUCCGGUGACAACCACAACAACUCUGAAGCAGAUAGCCCUACGCGCCUACACAUACGCCACCCACAACUUCGUCAUCGACUACGGCAACGGCACUCUGGGCUACAACGGGACUGUCACCGUGUGCAGCCUGAACUCGACGGCUAGCUACGAGUACUACGUGAGCCAGCCUGUGAUUCUCAAUGCGCCGUUGGGGGAGGCGGCGUUUGUAUUGGCUAGCUUGGAGAUGGAACGGUUGGGGGAUCGAAAGAUUGUUGGUUAA